GCAGCUUCAGCUUGACAUGCUGCCGCUGUUGCUGCUGCUGCUCUGGGGGAUGAAGGAGGUAGAGGGUGGGCCUGAUGCCAUGGAGGGUUUCAGCCUGAAUGUAAAAAAGAGGGUCGUGGUGCAAGAGAGCCUGUGUAUCCAGGUACCCUGUAGGUUCACCUAUGGCAAGGAGGAAUGGAGUGACUCAGACCCAGCUUAUGGAUACUGGUUCCGGGACAGAGCCAAUCCACUGCAGGAUCCUCCAGUGGCCACAAAUAACCCAGGGCGGCCAGCACUGAAUACGACCAAGGACCGAUUCUUCCUGCUCGGAGAACCACUGAAGAAAAACUGCUCCCUGUACAUCAGAGAGACCAGGAAGGACGACGCGGGGUCAUACUUCUUUCGCCUGGAGAGAGGAAAAACGAAGUUUAGUUAUAUGCUAAACAUGAUGACUCUGCAAGUGACAGACCUCACUUACGCCCCUGACAUCCUUAUCCCGGAGACCCUGGAGGCUGGCCGUCCCAGCAACCUGACCUGCUCUGCGCCUUGGGCCUGUGGGUCCCCCACCUUCUUCUGGACUGGUUCCUCUGUGUCACUCUUGAGCACCAACACCACUGGCUCUGCAGUGCUGACUGUCACCCCCCAGCCCUGGGACCAUGGCACCAACCUCACUUGUCAGGUGACCCUGCCUGGAGCUGGUGUGACCACAAGAACGACCAUCCGUCUCAACGUGUCAUAUGCUCCAAAGAAUCUGACUGUGACCAUCUCUCAAGGAGCUGACUCAGAAUCCAUAACCCCAGAGAACGGCUCAUCUCUUCCUGUCUCUGAGGGCCAGUCUCUACGCCUCCUCUGUAGCACCGACAGCUAUCCCCCUGCAAACCUGAGCUGGACCUUUGAUAACCUGAGUCUGUGCCCCUCGAAGCUGUCCAAACCUGGGCUCCUGGAGCUGUUUCCUGUACAUCUUAAGCAUGAAGGAGUGUAUACCUGCCAAGCUCAGCACGCCCUGGGCUCCCAGCACUUUUCCCUGAGCCUGUAUCUACAGCGCGGUACAACUUUAUCUGAAGUGACAAUGGGGGCCUUUGUGGGUGCCGGAGCCACAGUCCUCCUCUUCCUGCUUUGCGGCAUCUUCCUCCUGGCGGUGAGAUCCUGCAGGAGGAGACCAGCCAGAUCAGCUGCGGGACCUUCCGAUCCAAACGCCCUCAAGGGCUCUGUUUCUCAGAGUCCCCUGGUCGAACCCCAGGCAGACAACAGCUCUGAACCCCUGCCUUGCACAGCUGAGACAGCAUCCUCUGCCGCAGAGGAAGACAUACAUUAUGCAUCCCUCAGCUUUCGUGAGAUGAAGCCCAAGAGUUCACAGGGGCAGCAGGACACCACCACUGAGUACUCAGAGAUAAAGUUCCACAAGUGACCUGCAUGGCUGUGGCCAUGGCUGGAGGAACAUGGCUAUGCCGGAUAGAGAGUGAAAGAGACUCGGAUCCUGGCUGGCUCUGGAGAAGGACAGAGUCCACUAGGUCUGUGUGCACAGGACUUCAGAGCCAUUCCUCCAUCGCACAGGAGUUCUACUGCCCAUGCCCUGCACUCCUUGUCCACCGAUUCCCAGGCUCUGACAACCACUGGUGCCCAGGCAGCCAGAGCUUGACUUUAUUUUGAUUGUUGGUGUGUGGCUGUUCUGCCUGCUUGUAUGUCUGUGAGCCACUUACAUGCCUUGUGCUUGCUGAGGUCAUCAGAUCUCCUGGAACUGGAGUUACAGAGGGUUGUGAGCUGCCACAGGGGUG